AUGAUUUGUCAGUUAAAUAUAACUUUUUUACUCAUUAUUUUAUUAUUAUGUAAAACAUUGGCACAAAUAAAUAAUGUAACUGGAGGCACAUCCACAACAGGAGUAACUCUUCCUAAAGUUAGUAGCACAAAUUCAGUGACAACAACAAAUCCAGCUGUUACCACAACUUCUUCUAAUACACAACCUUCAGUUAAUAUAUCAUCUUCAACUAUUGCACCAGCCUCAAAUAUUACUAAAAUUUCUGCUAAUAUAACAUCAAGUACAACUAUUAGUACAACACCAAUUAUUACUACAACACCAUAUAUUGUUAAUGAAAUUUUUGCUGAUUUUAGUAUGUCGUGUGAUAAUAUUACUUGUACAUACUCUAUCCAAUCUCCUGCUUUAUCAGAAGCAUGGAUUAAUGAAUUACAAACAGUACAAAAUAUGACAAGUAUAGAUUCAUCAUCUUAUAAUACUGAUAAUACAAUUUUAAAAGACUAUCAAAAUCAAACUCAAAAAUUGUGUAAUUUAACUGAAUACAAUAAUCUUUAUAAUGAACUUAUUGGAAAUUUAUCAAAUAUUCAACAAAGUUUAAAAGAUUUUAAUAAUUAUUAUGAUAGUUUGAAUAAAACUUAUACAAAUUUAACUACUUAUUUGAAUCAAUUUCCGGCAUAUAAUUGUUAUUAUUAUUGUAAAAGUUUCAAACCCAUAACAACAUUCACAACACCAGCACCCCCUUCAACAACAUUAUUUGAUCCUUGUAGUAAACAAAUAUGUGAUGCAGAAAUAGAUGGAAAUAAUUAUAAAGGUCAAUGUGUAAGAAAUGGAUUUUCUUCAUAUUGUAAAUGUCCAGGUAAUCUUGAUCCAUAUAAUAGUUGUCAAAAUGUUGGUUGUUAUUCAACAACAAAUGGUAAACCUGAUAUGCUUUUAAAUGGUCCUAUUUGGUCUCCAGGUUAUCUUGGUCAAAUUAUCUCAAACACAACUUAUCAAAACGGGCAAAUAUGUAGUUGGCAAAUUAAAAAUAUUGUUAAUGUACAAAAUUUAAAUUUAUCAGUAAAUAAAUUUCAACUAGCUGAUGGAAGUAGUUUAACUAUUUCAACAGAUAUAAUGACUGUAACAUUUACUAAUGCUUAUGAUAUUGAUAGUAUAAGAGAAACAAUAGCUUCAAUUAUUGAGGGUGCUUCAUUUAUAAAAAUUAAAUUUAAGGCAGGAAAAAGUAUAUCUCCAGACACUCAAAAUUAUUUUGAUUUAUAUCUUAAUGGUACCAAUCCAAUUAUAACUACAACAGUUCCCACCACAACACAACCAUCAUCAAUUACUACAACUGAAGAUGAAUGUAAUGGUCAUUGGGUCACAGUAGAUUAUAUAUCUUAUAAUGAAUAUUCUAAUGAUAAUGAAAAAAUAAUGGAUAAUGCUAUAAGUACAUUAGAAAUGACAACUACAACGAUAAAUAGUCAAACGACACCAGGAAUGACAACUACUAAACAGGCAAAUAGUCAAACGACACAAAAAAUGACAACAAAACAAAAUGGUUUACAAACAACUUCUUCAACAAAAAUUGUAACACCAACAAAAAAAACUACUAGACGUAUAUGUGUUACAGAUAAAGUAACAUCGUCCAUGAGUACAUCAACUCAAAGUAUUGUUACAAAAGGAACAACAUUAUCUAUGAGUUCAUCAACUCAAAGUAUUGUUACAAAAGGAGUAACACUUUCUACGACUUCAAGCGGGAUUCCAAAAAGAAAAGCUGUUAUGUCACGUACAAAAGAAUGUUCAUCGGUUUCUGAAGAAAAUAGUGAAUUACUAUCAUAUGGAAAAAAAAAUAAAACAAAAAGACGAAGAAAUAUUGUUAUUGAUUCAGAUGACGAUGAUGAAACUCAUGACUUAGCUACUGUCAAAAAAAGAAAAAUUCCCAAAGUUUGUGAUGAAGAUUCUUAUGAUGAUGAAGUCAAUGAAGGAAAUAUUGGUGCUAUUCGAAAAGCUGGUAAAGUAGUUAAAGAACCAAAACCUCCUAAAAUUAAAAAACAAAAAGUUGAAGAUACUAAACAAACAAAAUUAGAAUUUUUUUUGACUGGUGAUAAAUCUAAAAAAUCUACAGCAGAAAAAAAACAAAAUCCUGAAUUAAAAAGUGUAUCAGCUGCAGAUUAUUUUGCCAGUUCUUCAAGUACUAAAAAAACAAAAAAGAUAGAUGAAGAUACUAGUAAUGUUAAGAAAGAUUCUCCUAAGAAAGAAUUAACAAAGAUAAACUCUUUAAAUGGAAAUGUCAAUUGUGUUGAGAAUGGAAAAAAAGAUUCUCCUAAAAAAAAACUAACAAAAGAGGAGAGCUCUAUAAAUAAAGAUAUAGUAACAAGAACCUCUCCAAGAAAAAGAACAUCUAACACUGAAGUAAAAGAAAACACAUCUGUUAAAAAGUUAGAAGUGACUGAUUCAAAUAUUGAUACUAUUAAAAAGAAAAAAAUAAAUAAUGUUGAAACACAAAAAGUUAAAAAUUCUCCUAAAAAAGCAGUUAAAAAUGAUACAGUUAAAUUAGAAAAACCUUUGUCCAAUGUAUCUACUAAAACUACCCAACCAUCAGUUGUGCAGAAACCCAAAGAUCAAAUUUGGGUAGAUAAAUAUAGCCCUAAGACACUUAAGGAACUUAUUAAUCAGACUACAGACAAAAGUCCUGCAAACAAACUUCUUCAUUGGUUAAAAUGUUGGAAGGAAAAUAAUCUUGGUGAAAAUGGAAAAGUUAAAAAAGUCAAACCAACAGGAUUAGGAGCUAAAAAUGAUGGAACAGCUUUUAAAGCAGCACUUCUUUCUGGAUCUCCAGGUGUAGGUAAAACUACUUGUGCUGUACUAGCUUGUAAAGAAUUAGGGUUAACUUAUGUGCAACUAAAUGCUUCAGAUGCAAGAGGAAAAAAAAUUUUACAACAAAAAGUUGAAGAAUGUUUACAAACUCAUAAUAUAAGUUCUUUUUUUAAAUCUACAAAUAAUCCCGGUAAAAAUGUAAAACAAUCAGAACAGGUUCUAAUUAUGGAUGAAGUUGAUGGAAUGAGUGGAAGUGAUGACAGAGCUGGAAUUAGUGAAUUAAUAUUAAUGAUUAAAAAUACUAAAAUUCCUAUAAUUUGUAUAUGUAAUGAUAGAUUUAAUAGAAAGAUACAAUCAUUGGCAAAUCAUUGCUUUGAUUUAAGAUUCACAAAACCUACCGUUAAUCAAGUAAGAGCAAGACUUAUGGCAAUUGCUUCAAAGGAAGGUAUGAAAAUUCCUCUUGAAAAAAUGUCACAAGUUGCUGAAGCUUCUAAUCUCGAUAUUCGUCAGUCAAUUUAUAAUUUACAAUUAAUAAAAUCCAGUGGUCAGGUAGAACAAUUAAAUUCAAAGGAUGUUGCUGUUAAUAUUUUUGAAGCUGCUAGACAGUUACUAGAUCCAAAAACAUCAAAUAUAGAUAGAAGGCGUUUAUACUUUACUGAUUAUAGUAUCAUGCCACUGUUUGUUCAAGAGAAUUACGUAAGUAUUGAACCCGUAAAGUUAAAUAGAAAAGAGACGUUGAAAGCUUUGAAAAAAAGUGCUGAGGCUUUGUCAUAUGUUGAUGUUUUUGAAAAACAGAUUCGAACUAAUCAAGUUUGGGAACUCUUGAAUGAUCAAUGUACAUUUGCUGGCAUUCUAGUUCCAAAUUAUAUGCAAGGAUAUUUAUCCGAACAGUUAGCUUUUCCAUCUCACUUAGGAAAGAUAUCUACUACCAACAAACGUUACAGAAUGUUAAGACAGUUGAUUUAUCAUAUGUCUACAAAAUUAACAGUGGAUGAGACUUCUUUAGUAACAGAGAUAUUACCAACGUUAAGAAGACAAUUAGCUGAUCCAUUAAUCAAAAAAGGUGUAGAUGGUAUACCAGAAGUAAUAAAUCUUUAUAAUCAAUACUGUCUUACAAAAGAGGAUCAUGAAUUUAUUAUUGAAUUAACAGAUUGGAGUAACUCUGAAGAAAUUGAGAAAAAUAUUCCAUCCAAAGUCAAGGCUGCUUUUACUAGAGCUUUAAAUAAAGAAGAUAGAAAAUUACCUUAUGCUGAUUUAGCAAAUGAUGUUGUUAAGAUUUCAAAAGGAAAGAAAAGUUCUAAAAAAGAAGUCAUUAAAGAUGAUGAUUCUCAGAGUAGCAGUGAUGAUGAAACUACUGAUUUAAUCGAAUUUGACUACUAA